AUGCUCUCUGCUGUCGCUGCGUUUACUGCUGCAUGUAUCCACUCUGUGUCGUACUACUGCCGCACUGUGUCGCUGCUGCAUGUAUCACCCUGUGUCGCUACUGCUGCAUCACCCUGUACCUUCUGCAUGCAUGUAUUUGCUGCAUGUAUCUUGUGUCACUGCUGCAUGUAUACUCACUCCUGUGUCGCUACUGCAUAUCCUCCUGUGUCUCUGCUGCAUCACUCCUGUGUCACUUCUGCUGCAUGUAUUGCCGUCGCAUGCAUGUGUCGCUACUGCUGCAUGCAUCACUCCUGUGUCGCUACUGCUGCAUGUAUCACUUCUGUGUCCUGCUGCAUGCGUGUCCACUGCUGCAUACUGCACUGCUGUGCAUCACUCCUGUGUCGCUACUGCUGCAUGUAUCACUUGCCACUUCGUGUCACUACUGCAUGUAUCACUCCUGUCGCUUCUGCUGCAUGCAUCACUCCUGUGUCGCUACCAUGCAUCACUCCUGUGUCACUUCUGCUGUGUGUUCUGUGUCACUACUGCUGCAUGUAUCACUCCUGUGUCGCUACUGCUGCAUGUAUCACUCCUGUGUCGCUACUGCUGCAUGUAUCACUUCUGUGUCGCUACUGCUGCAUGUAUCACUCUGUGUACUGCUGCAUAUCACUUCCUGUGUCCUUCUGCUGCAUGCAUCACUUCUGUGUCACCUACUAUGUAUCGCGCUACUGCUGCAUGCAUCACUCCUGUGUCGCUACUGCUGCAUGUAUCACUUCUGUGUCUGCUUCUGCUGCAUGUAUCACUCUGUGUCGCUACUGCUGCAUGUAUCACUCCUGUGUCGCUACUGCUGCAUGUAUCACUUCUGUGUCAUGUAUCUACUCUGCUGCAUGUAUCACUUCCUGUGUCGCUACUGCUGCAUAUCACUCCUGUCCUUCUGCUGCAUCACUCCUGUGUCGCUACUGCUACUGCUGCAUGUAUCACUCUACUUGUUGUGUCGCUACUGCUGCAUACAUCACUCCUGUGUCGCUACUGCUGCAUGUAUCACUCCUGUGUCGCUACUGCUGCAUGUAUCACUCCUGUGUCGCUACUGCUGCAUGUAUCACUCCUGUGUCACUACUGCUGCAUACAUCACUCCUGUGUCGCUACUGCUACAUGUAUCACUCCUACUGUCACUACUGCUGUAACGCUUGUCAGUGCUGUGUCCCUAUUGCUGCAUCGCUACCGCUGAUUGUGUCCUUACUGCUGUCUUCGUGA